AUGUCUACCCAAAAGAAAGGUACCUCCUUAGUGGACUUAGUUGCCGGUGGUACUGCCGGCUUGUUCGAGGCCUUGUGCUGCCAUCCAUUGGACACCGUCAAGGUCCGCAUGCAGUUGUACAAGAAGUCGGGCCAAAAGCCGCCAGGAUUCAUCAAGACAGGUAUCAACAUCGCCCAGAAAGAAGGGUUCUUAUCAUUAUACAAGGGAUUGGGAGCCGUCGUCAUCGGAAUCGUGCCCAAGAUGGCGCUUCGGUUCUCGUCAUAUGAGUUCUACAGAUCGUUGUUGUACGCGCCAGACGGGUCCAUCACCACCGGAAACACGUUCAUCGCAGGUGUGGGUGCUGGUAUCACCGAAGCCGUGUUGGUGGUCAACCCCAUGGAAGUGGUCAAGAUCAGAUUGCAGGCACAACACCACUCGAUGGCCGAUCCAUUGGAUGUGCCCAAGUACAGAAACGCUCCCCACGCUGCCUACGUGAUUGCCAAGGAAGAGGGCUUCAAGACGUUCUACAGAGGUGUGUCGUUGACCGCUGCCAGACAGGCCACCAACCAGGGUGUCAACUUCACCGUGUACUCCAAGAUAAAGGAGUUCUUGCAGGGAUACCACCAAACCGACGUCUUGCCUUCGUGGGAAACCUCGUUGAUCGGGUUGCUUUCCGGUGCCUUGGGUCCCUUGUCCAACGCCCCAUUGGACACCAUCAAAACUAGAUUGCAAAAGACCACCUACGCUUCCAACGAGUCAGGCAUGGUCAGAAUCGUCAAGAUCGGUCGUCAAUUGAUCAAGGAAGAGGGUACUGCGGCCUUGUACAAGGGUAUCACUCCAAGAAUCAUGAGAGUGGCUCCAGGCCAGGCCGUCACCUUCACGGUCUACGAGUUCAUCAAGGACAAGUUGACCGGCGACAGUCCUGUGGCUGCCGUCACCAAAAAGUUGGCAUAG